AGAAAAAAUACCCCUGGCGGUCUGUAACAUUUCUUCAGAGAUCUCCCCACCAUUAAUGAUCGACACACAUGUAAAUCCAGACUGGGCGUCGCAAACAAAAAUGCUAGGCUUGGCCCCUGUCCAUUUCAUAGUUGGGUUCCAUUGCCAAUUGGCGGUGAAUCCAUUCAGCCCAAGUUGGAAGAAAAAAAACCCUUGUCAUAUGCUGGCGCUGGAGCUAAUAAGCUAAUAACACUACCCGCUCCCACAGACUGAAUAGAGAAUACGCACGAGUUGGUCUCGAAUAUUCUCCCCUUCCAGAACAACUCCUUCAACACCUUCGAUACCAAUAUCAUUUUACUACUCGAAGCCAUGUCAGCCCGUCCUCUGAACAUUGGCAUUAAGGCCAUCGAGCUUUACUCUCCUAGCCAGUAUGUCGAGCAAUCCGAACUUGAGAAGUUCGACGGUGUUAGCACCGGCAAGUACACCAUUGGUCUUGGUCAGACCAAGAUGACCUUCUGCGAUGACCGAGAGGAUAUCUACUCGAUUGCCUUGACAGCCACCUCUAAACUGCUAAAGAACUACAACAUCGACCCUAAUUCUAUUGGUCGCCUUGAGGUCGGUACCGAGACCAUCCUCGACAAGUCUAAGUCCGUCAAGACCGUCUUAAUGCAGCUGUUUGGCGAGAACACCAACAUCGAGGGUGUCGACACCGUCAAUGCUUGCUACGGCGGUACCAACGCUCUGUUCAACACACUAAACUGGCUGGAGUCCUCUGCUUGGGAUGGGAGGGAUGCUAUCGUCGUAGCUGGUGAUAUUGCCUUGUACGCCAAGGGCAACGCCAGACCUACUGGUGGCGCUGGUGCUGUUGCUAUGUUGGUUGGCCCUAACGCCCCAAUCGUUAUUGAGCCUGGUCUACGUGGAACCUACAUGCAACACGUGUAUGAUUUCUACAAGCCCGACCUUGCUAGCGAGUACCCAUACGUCGACGGACACUACUCUGUCAACUGCUACACCGAAGCCCUCGAUGCUGCCUACCGCGACUAUUGCAAGCGCGAGACUAAGCAGAAGGGUAUUGCUAAUGGCAACGGUACCGCCGCCGCCGACGACACUAAGACGCCUUUCGACCGCUUCGACUACAUGGCUUUCCACUCCCCAACAUGCAAAGUUGUCCAAAAGUCGUAUGCUCGUCUUUUAUACCAUGACUACCUAGCAAACCCCGACAGCCCUGCUUUUGCUGAGGUUCCUGGCGACAUUCGAGAUAUGGACUACAAGAAAUCCUUGUCAGACAAGGUGGUCGAGAAGACUUUCAUGGCUCUCACCAAGAAGCGCUUCAAUGAGCGCGUUCAGCCUGCUAUCCAGGUCGCUACAAAUUGCGGUAACAUGUACUGCGCUAGCUUAUGGAGCGGCUUGGCCAGUUUAAUUUCCCACGUCGAUAGCGCCACUCUUCAAGGCAAGCGCAUCGGCCUUUUCAGCUACGGUUCCGGUUUGGCAUCGAGCUUCCUCUCAGCGCGCAUCAACGGCAGCACUGAGCAAAUUUCUAAGGUCCUAGAUAUCCCCAACAAGCUGACCUCAAGACGAGGAGUAUCUCCUGAAACAUAUGAGGCCUUCUGCGAUCUACGCCACCAGGCUCAUCUCAAGAAGGACUACACGCCUAAGGGCGAUGUGUCUACCCUGACCCCCGGUACUUACUACUUAGAGAAGAUCGAUGAUAUGUUCAAGCGAACAUACUCCGUCAAGGCAUAAAGGGGAAUGAAGCAUUAGAUGCGAUAUGCAUUUGAUAUAGACCGGCAUCGUUCGCCAUUGUUACUGCAUAGACAUGGGUGAGACUUUAUGGUUCCUAGACAUCGGAGCUUAUAAACGUGCAUGAAGACCAUAUAUACAGCGGGGGAAGAUGAUUGUGAGAUAAGAGCUACUAAUAGUGUUAGGUGGGAGAUGAGCGCCUGACUUGUAUAUACCAGGAGCACCUCACGUCACGAUUUGCACGAAAGAAUAAUGAAUAAAAAGCUGAUCUAGA